AUGUCGCAGAGACAGAGUCGCGUCGGGCCAGCCCUGGAGCCCAAGUCGACUGGAAAGGCUGGGAGGAGACCGUGGAGAGGAGCUGGUCGGUCGUGUACAAUUGAAAGCGCCCGUGUUUCGUCGUCAAGGUGGACUCUGCGCGGAAAGACGAUGUACCGGUGGAGGGGCGUGAAAUUGACAGGAACCUGGAAGCGACUACCCUGUCUCAACAGUGGGGAAGCUGGGAAGGUCGACUUGUUAUCGCAGCAGCAGGAAGCGUGA